UUUUGUGACGACAUUUCUGACGAAUUCGCCGCCCUUCUGCAGGGGGUGCUGGUGGUAGCGCCGCGUAAAGGGCACGUGAGUCAAGAGAGCAGCAGUCAGUUUCUUCCCGGGGCUCAAGCUGAAGCAAAAUAUGGCAAAGAGAUGUUGGAGAUCAUUGAAUGCUUCACGAAUUCCAGAGUCGAUCUCCCGGUGAGAAAGCUUGAGGAUCUGAGCCGAGCUCGCAUGAAAUGCGCUCGACAUCUUCGAAAAAUGGACUUCAAGAAGGAGGAGUAUGUGAAUCUGUGGAAACUAUGCAAUAUCUACUCGGCAACGGCUGUGGAUGUCGAUGAUGCGAUGCGAGAGAUCCGAAAUGCUCUUCGGAAACGCUUGAAGACGAAAGAAACGUCGCGAGACGUGUCAGCCUUUCGCCGCCUUAUUGACGAGUAUCGUCCAACGAAGAAAUCCGUCGUUACCGAUCAUCACCAAGAAAUCUACGACAAGCCUACAAGCAAGGAGAAACAACGAUGGCUGGAACUGAGUAUGUUUGGUCGAAAAAAGGAGGAGAAAAAGGACCAGUCCAAUGACGACUACUCACGAAAAUCCAAGACGACACCAAGGCUCACACAUCCCGAUCGGAACAAUACUGUUAACAUUACAGUUCCACCAGUUGACUUGCAGCCAAAACCGAUUCUCCCACCUCCACCAAUUCUGAAUCGCGAGAACGGUUCUAUUCUAAAUGACAUCCAGGCUGGCCCACCACCACCUGUCACACUCCAUACACCAGCACCACCGCCUUAUCCCCCUCCUACUCUAAAUCCCAUAAUUAAACAGAAUGGAAUUAUGAAUGACUCAAUGUCUCCAAAAAGUGAGCGACUCGACGAGAAAACUUCGCAACCUUCCAAUGAGAACAAAUUGACGGCUACGGAGAAGUCAAGCCUCGAGCAGAACAUGCAUGAUCCAACCGGGUCGUCAUCAGUUUUCGAAGUUUCGGAAUUUCUGAAGCAGCUGACAGAAUCUCAAGCGAUGAACAGUUGCAGCGACAAGCCCGUUGCUACCCAACAUGAAGCUACUGCUCCUAAACAAAUCUCCCCAGGAACCAUGUAUAAACCUAUCGCUCCACCGAGACCAAACGCGCAAAGUGCGAAAACACCCACAGUAGCCAAGAAGAAUAGGACAAAUGCAGGCCCCACGCCAGAUGCAAGUGAACUAGGAUCGCAGAGCACAACUUCGACAAUGCAGUCACACACAAGAAUCGAAAUCCUGCCAAGCUAUGAGGAGUCUUUCGAUCAUGCUCAACGAGCAGGCUAUGAGUGUAUGACACUCGAUCGGCGUGGAAUCUUUGCGAAGAGGCACUCGAUCAAAAUCGACACCAACUCCAUACAGGACCUUGGAACUCAAAGGUUCGACGGUCCGUAUCUUCUCAGUGUUCCGGGCAGUGACUACUCUAUUGUUGUCAAUAACCUCUGA